AUGUUCUACAGUCACGAAAUCUUAACCAACCAGCAGUAUGGUGUUGCCACCGUUUGGUUGGUGUCCACGUUUGGACUCAGAUCAAGCAACAGGAAGAUCUCGCGCAAGGCAAUCCAAGAAGUCAAUGUCCGGAAAGCUUGCGAGACCAUCCUCCAGCCGGGCGCCCCCAUCGCUCUGCGCCUGCAGGGGAGCCUGCUCUAUGGCGUCUCUAGGGUCUUUUCUCAGCAGUGUUCCUAUGUGCUCACCGACGCCGAGAAGAUCCAUAUGCACAUGCGAUGCUUCUACAGUGUAUUGGGGGGCAGUGAGAAUGCCCUUGAUCCGCAAGCCGGAAAGGCCAAGCGCAACCAACUCAUCCUGCCAGAUGACCCGAACUUCGAGGUCAACAUGGGGCUCCCAGCCUUCCACUUCGACGAGGAAGGAAACCUGGCUUCCCAAUUCCAGAGUCAAGCCUCACGCAAAACUUCGUCCCAAUUCUCGCCACUGGAUAGGUUCAACUUGACACCGGAUGGCAGUGGCUCCUUUCUCAUCGGCCUUGAUCUACCUCAAUCUUCUCCGGCAGAUCCUCUGUAUUCUCAGCAUUCUUCCUACUCGCUGGGACCUCUCUCUCAACACAAGCCCGACGACGAUAUGAUGCAGUUCGGUGAACCCGAGGCCAACGCCGAGAUCUUUGGCGAUUGGGGAAUCGAGAUCGACGCUGAUGGCAACGUGAUGGCAACUGUGGACGAGCCUGAGCUACCCAUUCUCCCGCGUCCCGAGGAAGAGCGAGCUCAUGCCACUGCCUCUGGCCAAGUUCAUGACGAGCCGGAAUUCUACUUUAACGACCAAGGUGACUUGCUGAUGAGCGGAGGCACUGCUCCUCCGCCUGAGGCCGACGAAGUCCCUGGCCUUGUCCCCAACCAAGUUGAGCAAGCUCAGGAAGACCAAAUCAUGGAAGAAGCUGAAGAAGAACAAGUCAUUGCGGAGGAGCCUGUGGUUGAGGCGGUCGCCGCACCUGUUCAACGUCGUCAGCGCCGCCGAGCUGUGCUGGCACCCGACGAGGACACCAAAAUCAGUCGCCAUGAACUGAAAUCGUGGAGCAAUGAUUACGUCGCAAAUGCCGAGCGGGCGAACAACGCUGCCAGACGCGCUGCAGCUACAAACCCAGCUGCUGCCAAGAGACACGCAUACGAUCUCGUAUUUAGUCGUGGAGUUGGGGGUGUGGGCGCCCUUGAAAGCGGUUUGGGCUCCGGAAACCACCGCAGCCAUCCACUGGCAGAUCUCUUUGCCGGCGCCGGCUUCGCUGCCGAAGUCUUGGGCAUCGACAUCGACGAGGAGGAUGAAGCCGGAGGAAGACGCAGCCGUCGGCGCACAGCUCUCGAAGCCCUCGAGCUAGAGGAAGAAGACGCCGAGAGACGAGUCCGUCGUCGCCUCAGCGAUGAAAACGAAGAACAUCAAGCGCAAGCGCAGCAAAAUGUCGAGCCGCAGACCGAGGCAGGCCGAGGCUUGCUGGCUGGAGGAGCCGAAGAAGACGCCGAGAUUGGAAGAAGAGAUGGCUCAGCACUGCCCGACAUUCCCUCCGACGCUCCCUGGAACCGGCCCUCUUCGCUCGUCCCGGGCUCAUCAGUCAAAGGUGACAGUCACCACCCCGGAUCCAGCAGACAAGUAAGCGCCAGUCCCCUCCACAGCCGAGGCAGCCACUUAGCCCACCUCCCCCCUAUCGACCGCUUCAGCGACGCCGGAUCCUACGCGCCCUUCUUGCACUCGGGCGGCGUCCCCGGUUUCUCAUCCGACCCCAUCAUGCCGCCCGGAGAGGAUGAAUCACAGCUUCCGCACUUGCCUGGCGGCCCGCAUGGUGACCGUGACCUCUUGCGCCGUACUCCUUCCGCCGAAGCUGGAGCUGGAGCCGCUACUCAAACUGUGGCCGAAACCUCCCAAGUCAUGCGAGAUGCUCUAGACCGCGACGGCCGCAACUUCCUCGCCUACGUCAACAUGGUAGCCAAAACCAGAGGAGAGACGCGUUCCCUCGACGGUGGUAUACCCUCCCAUGCCUCCCUUGACGACGGUGACAGAGACGGAGACGGAAACAACAGACGUCUCAGACAGUGGGUUGCCUUUGACGAGCUGUUGGAUGAACCUAGGGACAGAACCCGACAGGUGGCGACGCAGGCUUUCUACAACGUCCUGGUCCUCGCGACCAAGGACGCGAUCAAGGUGGAGCAGGACAUGGAGAACUUCCAGCCGUUUGGCGAGAUUCGCGUGGGCGUCGAGGUGUCGGAGGCUGAGAUGCUGGCUUUGGUGGAAGAGGACGGCGAUGAGUGA